ACCCUUCAUUCUUUCAUAAGUCCGAGGAUCCGCUCAGCCCUAGUCAUUCUGCUACCGAGUAGCAAACUCGUCACCCCCCCCCCCACGUCUGCUCUCCGAGCCUCUCGUCACUUCUUUGAGUUCUCUGCUCGAGUUUGUGCUCUUUCUCCAGACGUUUUGUAAAGCAUCGACGAAUUUUAAUAAGCCUUCCAGUCUUGUUGUAGCGCAUCUGCUGGCUCCUAUUUUGGAUUUGGUAGCUUCUCACAGUUUUUUUAAUUUUCGUGUUUUAUUUUACUAGAUUUUUUUAUAUAAAAAUCAACUGUUUAAAAUCUUUGAUUCUUUAGAUUCUGGAGCCGACAAGUUGAUACUAGUUGGCACCCUGUGGUUGAAGAAGUUUGUCGAGAUUAGUGUAGGGCAAGGUGUGUCACAUAAGUCAAGGAUUACAGCUUCAGUUGGUUCGCAUAGCAUUAUUUUCGCUGCACACUGCCAAUAGACGCUUCGGUCCAUCUUUGUCCUUGUCCAAAUUUUUAUUCCUGCUUAAAAAGCAUGUGUGUCACAUUUCGCAUGUGCUUGAGCGUUGAUUGUAUGUCCUAACAGACUAUCGAGAGAGUCUCUUGUCCUUACAACCCGUUUUCUUGUCUUCUGUUUAGCUGAUUUGUUUUGUAAGUAGUUGAAACCGGACUAGAGGAUAGAUGGCGCACAAGGAAGGAUCAUCGUUAUUUGCCAGCCUUGGCGCGGUGUUGAAUUUGCCCUUCUCGCUGCACCGGAGCCACGCCAAUAACGUGGCAUUCAAGCGGCAUCCCUUGUUGCAGGAAUUCGACACUCGACUUAGGGAUCGGUUGGACUCGUUGAAACCUGCUGGUGAUGAAAAAGGGUUCUUGAGUAUCGAUUGGUUUCUUCAGGCCAUGUCGGUUGUACUGGCGACCCACGCCAACGUUGAGUCUCUUAUCCCGGAGUCUCAUCUCACUCUAUCCCUUCAGCGAGACGACAAGUGGAUCGAUGAAUACCUUGAUGAUAGCGCGAAGUUACUCGAUGUUUGCAACGUGCUCAAGGAAGGGAUUUCUGACGUGGAGCACUACCAGAUGUUGGUGCAGCUCGCCUUGCACAAUCUCGACAAUAAGGAAAUUUCUGGUGAAUUGAAAUACUCGCGAGCGCGGAAUGCCUUGACGGAAUGCAAGGAAGCUAUUAAGAAGAAAGACACAGAGUACAGGCAAGGGUUUCCCAAGUCUAAGCUGGAGAAUUGCAGUUCCAUGUUGAGAACCAUGGGGGAGAAGCUCGUGAAUCCGAAGGGCCAAGAAGCCAUGAAAGGUAAUGGCUUUUUGAAUGCGAUCUAUGGAGCCAAGGUCACGACAAUUCUCUUGUGCGGAUUGCUUGUCACUGCCCUGGCCUGUAAGCCGAAGCGGCCUCUGACGAGCCUUAGUGUGGCAAGCCACUACAAGUGGUCAGCAUCUUUAACUACCUUGCAACAACGUGUAAAGGAGGAGACAGACAAAAGGAAAAACAAGGGUUCCAUUGCAUUGCUCCGCGAACUCGAUAGCGUCGACGCCUCCGUACGACGCCUGCAUGAAAUCUUGGAUCGACAUCUGAACGGAAGAGCCUUCCCAUUGUCGCGGGAGCAAUCGCAGGAGCUGGCCCAAGAGGUAGAAUUUUUGCGAAAGCAUUCUUCGGAUCUUGGGCAAGGGCUGACACCAUUGGAAGUUCAAGUGAAUGAACUCUUCAAGACGCUGAUUGCCAGCCGGCUGGCUCUGCUCGACAUCAUCAGCAGCGCAAGGACUUGAAAGGAGGUGUUAUGGAAUAUAGUUAAAAUUUCGAGCGUCCACCUACCGUCACGCACAACCACACGUCCUCGAGUUUCCAUUGCAGCAGUUUUAGGAAAGAGCCGAAGAUUUCUCGAUUAUGUGUAAUCUCAACUGCUGUUCAGUUGAGAUUCCUGGAAGAUUUGCGGUUUGCGGUUUGCGCACUGGAGGCAGAAGCUGAGGAUUGGUGCUAAGCAAGUGAUGGGUUGUGCGGCCGGUCGGAGUUGUUAACCGACUAUAUCGGAUUUUCCUGCGGUACACUGGCAGAAAGUGAAGCAGGCGGCGACGCUAAAGACCACUGUUCCUGUUCGACAGGAUGACUUCGUGUACUGUGAAGAUACGCGGAUGCAGGACAUUGUGGACAAGGAGGUGAAGUUGCUGUCGUUCAAUUUGUACAGUAAAAUAUCGUAGCGCGUGAAAUAAGAAGCUUACCAGGCGGCGUAGGAGAGAGUGAUCCCCAGUCCAGCGUAUGCCCCGAAAACCUACAAGAAGUUGAUUGUCAUGGAGCACUCGGGGAAGUUCUGAGGUGGUGCCAUGCUCGUCAUUGGUAUCCAGCGGCGGCUUGCUGUUGAGUAUGUCAAUUCGACCCUGCUAGAUGCAUUUUCAGUCGGAUGAAAAGCUCUUGGAGGAGUUGGAGCCCGCAGCACAGUAUGUUGUGCUUAUGUAUGUAGAUAGUAGGUUCGACCUGGCGUAGGUUUCUGAGGCUAGUAGGAUCUCUGAGAAGGAGAUAUAAGUUUUGCUGCGAAUCGACCCUGACGGAGAUUCCCAGGUGUACCCUUAUGUUACAAUCUGGAAUAAGAAUUCGAAUGCUGAGCAGUUAGAUGACCACGUCUA